AUGUCCGCUGAUCGGCUAUGGGCACAAGGAAUUCUGGAAUACCUGCCAGAAGUCCAGAAGAAUCAACAAAGCACUGCUGGCUUGGACUCGUUUGAGGCCUCUGUGAAUCUGGACGCCAGCGACCCCCAACGAGUGUUCUUCUUGGCCACCAAGCUCUAUCAUGCAGGGCGCCACCAAGAAGCCGAGUCAUGCUACUACAAGGUGCUAGACAUGCUUCCAGAGAGUGGCCAUGGCUACCUUGAGCUGGUGCUUUUCUUGGAGUCUACUGGCAGGCGGGAGGAAGCUCGAGAAGUGGCACAGCGUGCGAUUGAACGUGGUGCCCUUUGGGCCAAUGAGUGGCAACGAUGCCCGAUCUUCGUGUCAGGUUUGACCUCGAAGCCCUGGUGGUCUCGGGAGGAGUUCCCUUGGGCCAACGAGCUGGAAGGCGCCUUUCCGGAGAUCAAGGCUGAAGUGGAGGGCUUGCUAAGUGGCACGGGCAUGCCUAAGAGCUGGCUUCCAGUGGGGCAAGAACGCGCCUCACAAGAUGGUGACAUCAUUGCCCCCGGCGGUGAGUGGCGGGAGUUCUUGCUGUACUCGGCGCAAGAUCAGAGUCCCGCUACAGCCAACCCCGAGGUGCUGAAGGCCUUUCCGAAGACCUGUGAGCUGCUGGAGAACUUGCUGCCUGGCGCAGUGGCCAUGGCAAAGUUUGGGGUGGGGGAGAUCAUCCUCUCAGCCAUCGCACCGGGAACGAAGCUCACGCCUCAUUGCGCCUCCAGCAAUGUCCGGCUGACCUGCCACUUGGGUGUGAUCUGCCCAGAAGGGGCUCGAGUACGUGUGGGCCCGACCUGGGGCACCUGGGAGGAAGGGAGAUGCAUUUUCUUUGACGACAGCUACGAGCACGAGGUUGUCAAUGAUGCUGAUGGAGUACGGAUUGUGCUCCUAAUCCGCUUUUGGCAUCCAGAGCUCCCCUCUGAACGCUGGAGAGAUACUCUUGACGCAGGGAUGGAGGACUAUGCUGCCAUGAUGCGGCGGCGUGUGUCGCCGCCAGCAAACCCGGCCGUAGUCAAUCUUCGGGGUGCAGCAGCAUCAGCAGAGAUUCACUGGAUUAGCAUGGGUCAGCAUGAGCAUCCCCCUUCUGACAAGGACGCGCCUGACUUCGCUGUUGGAGCUGAAAGUGAUUUGGGUUUGCUUGAUGUGCCGGAUGCUCCUCGUCUUACUCUGUUUUGUCCGCUGCUCCGGGCGUUGUCAGACAAGGAUGUGGGCACUCGGCGCUGCGCAGCGGAAGGCUUGCUGGAAAAGGCGGAGCAACUCAUUCGUUUGCCGCAGACGGUGUGGCACGGCUACGGCCAACCUGCUGGCGUUGGCUUGGCUGCCAUCCGCACUGCCUCUGGAGACGAGGUGGAGGCACUCUUGAUGGAAGUCUUGCAGGAAAGUCGAGACUGGUGGUGCUUCCGUGCCGGCGCCACUUUAGCACUCUCCUUGUCAGGCACCUGCCAUUUUUGCUUGCUUCGCUUUUGA